AUGUCUGAGACAAGGCAAAGAAAGUACCCCGAAAUUCGAGAAAAUAUCACGAAAGAUAACAUUAAUGAAGUUGACAAACAAAAUGCAACUUCUCAACUUCAAAAUAUUCUUUCUACUUCCGUCAAAGGCGCGUCUUAUUUAAUUCUGCUCCAACUUUUAAGCAGGCUUCUCACCUUCAUUUUGCAUCAAAUCGUUUUACGGUUUACGAACCCGAAAACAUUUGGUAUUGCAGCGGUGCAACUCGAGUUACUUUUGCUCACAAUUCUAUUCUUAUCGAGAGAAGGGUUUCGAUGUGCACUGCUCAGAGGUAGUGGCAUCGAAAAUGUGCAGAAGCAAGAAAAAUUACAAGAAACUGAAAAUGAAAUCCUAAAACAAGUCGAAAAUCUACCAUUAGCAAAUUCACCAAAGGGAAAAGCCCAAAAGAUUACAAAUUUGUCAUUUAUUCCUAUACCAUUUGGCAUAUUUACAACAUUUCUUGCAUGUCUGUUUUGCAUUCACACUGCCUCCGAGGAGACAUUUAAUUCUCCUUAUUAUGUGGAAUCAGUCAUACUUUAUGGAGUGUCUGCGUUCCUAGAAUUGAUUAUUGAACCGUUGUUUAUUACCGCGACCAAUAAUUUAAUGUUCACGUUACGUGUUCGAAGCGAGGGUGUUGCUGUUGUCGUGCGUUGUGUCAUCACGUUUACGUUGACGAUUUUGGGAGCACAGAAACAAGAGGAUAAUGCGGAAAAUAUGUAUGGUAUUUUGAUAUUUGCAGUUGCACAGUUUGCAUAUGCUUUGAUUCUUUUUUGUGGUUAUAUUGGAUAUUUUUACUGGAAUUGGAAUUGGAGAGAGUUGUGGCCCCGACCGGUGAUUGUGAUUCAAAAUGACAGACCACAAAAAGUCUGGUUUGAUCAUGAUCUCUCACAUCUUGCCUUUGUCUUUACGUGGCAAUCAUUUCUUAAGCAUAUAUUGACAGAGGGUGAUAAAAUGCUAAUAACUUGGCUGAGUACACCGAGUGAUCAGGGUGUUUACGCAUUUGUUGCGAAUUAUGGUUCCUUGAUUGUACGAAUUCUAUUUCAACCACUUGAGGAAACUGGCCGUACAUUAUUCUCCAAAUUAUUAUCUAGCAUACAACCACUUGAAAGAAAGCAAGGUGAUAUUGAUGAAAAGACAAUAGAAGCCGAAGAAACCGAAACUCAAAAGGAUCAUUUACUCACAUCCCUCAAAAUCCUCACGACCUUGAUAAAAUUUCACAUCCUGUUGGGUCUCUUAUUCAUCGCACUUGGCUCUAAUUACACCGGAGUUCUUAUAGAUAUCCUAGUUGGGAAAAAAUGGUCAACCGAUACACCUGCACCAAUGGCACUUUCAUCCUAUUGUUUCUAUGUGCCAAUAAUGGGCAUAAAUGGCAUAACUGAGGCUUUCGUGACCGGUGUCGCAACAAAAGAAACAAUUUCUUCGCUUAACUAUUGGAUGAUUAUGUUCUCUAUAGGAUUUAUUGGAGCUGGAUUCGUGUUCAUGAGGAUUCUUGUGGCUGGUGCUGUUGGAUUGGUCGCGGCUAACGCUUUUAAUCUAUUAAUGCGUAUUUUAUGGAGUUGGCGUUUUAUUCGUAACUAUUAUUUGAGCAGCGUUAAUCUUGUUACUACUGCUGAUGUUUCUCGUCUUAAGAGUGAAAUAGAUCAUUUGUUAUCGUUGUCUAAUAUGACGCCUAAUUUCGUUGUUUGUUUGUCAUUCAUUGUUGCGUGGUUUGUAACUUUUUGGUCAGAUCAAGUUAAUGGCUGGGCUACGCUCGAUGCGAAAAUAAAACAUAUUGGGGUGGGAAGUCUAUGUGGCCUUUUUGUCAUCAUAAUCACGUAUCCUUUUUUAACAAUUUUUUCUUGA